CCUUUUUUCUUUCUUCACAAUCUGGCCCAGAAAUUUCCUCAUAUAUUAUCAAUUGAUUUGUAGGGUUUUUGCGUCUUAUCCUCAUGUCAUGAUCCUAUACAGAUCCGUCGUAUCCUUGUUGUGACAGAAGAAAAUUGCAUCUUUGGAUUUUGUUUGUGUGUUUAUAUAGAGUGAUUGAUUGAGGAGAAGGGAGCAGAGAUGGGAAGGGAUAGAGAUAGGGAUAUAUCGAGGUCGCCGGCGUAUAGAAGGAGGUAUUCGCCGUCGCUUUCACCGGUGGGGCACAGGUCUAGCCGCCGAAGCCGGAGAGAAAGAAUUCGAUCUCCUUAUUCGCAUAGCAGAAAAAGAAGCCGUUCAUUGUCAUCAAGACGCCACAAAAGUCGUUCUUUAACUCCAAGGCGACAUCGAAGCCGCUCUCCAACUUCAAGGCGUCAUAGGAGACAAAGAAGUAAGAGUACAUCAUUGUCUCCUAUUGGUAAAUCUUUGAUAUCAAGUACGGGAUCAAGAGAGCGGAAGGAUGAUAGUGAAAUGCUAAGAAAACAGGAAGAGGAAAAGAAAAGGCGUCAACAGGAAGCAGAAUUAAAAUUAGUAGAAGAAGAAACGGAAAGAAGAGUGGAAGAGGAGAUUAUGAAAAAAGUUGAAGAGAAAUUGAAGUCUGCCUACAUCAAGCUUGAAAUUGACAAGCGACUUGCAGAAGGUCGAAAGAAGCUUGUCAUCGAGGUUGCAGCUCAGCUCGAAAAGGAGAAGGAAGCUGCUCUCAUCCGGGCAAAACAAAAGGAGGAGCAAGCUAAGAAGGAGAAAGAAGUGUUGGAUAAGGUGCUCGAAGAGAAUAGGAUGAAGGUCGAAGAAGCACAGAGAAAGGAAGCUCUGGAACAGCAGAGCAAAGAGGAAGAACGAUACAUGGAAUUGGUGGAGCUCCAACGACAGAAAGAGGAGGCAAUGCGAAGGAAGAAGCAAGAAGAGGAGGAAGAACGCGCCAAACAAAUGAAACUGUUGGGCAAGAACAAAUCUCGACCAAAACUGUCCUUCGCUUUAGGGUUGAAAUGAACAAUGCCCUCGGCCUGAGUGGUGUCGUCGUGUUGGUGACUUGUCUUGUCCCAAAAGAAGGUGAUUUGUAGUGGAACCGAAGCCGGGCAACCCCUGCCCUUCUUACCUUUGUUUCUGUAAUUUCUUCUUUUCCUUUUUCUUUCUUAGUUUAACUAGGUUACAGUUUGCUGUAUUUUCAUGUGCUUUACCUUCAUUUUUGACAGACAAUCAAUGUAAUGCCCGCAGCUGAUGUUAACGUGUGUGAUAGUUUAGUAUGCAAUGGUCCAAUGUAUGGUUUACU